AUGCCAAGUGGAUGGGCUUACCUUUCUAUCGUCAGCAAUGUAAUCUUCCAGAAAACGAAUGUCGCACACUGGAAUUAUUUGAUUCGGGUCUACCAACUUGGCUGGGAGAAGUUUGGAGCAAUUGAUGCUGUUAUAUCCAAUGCGGGCGUCAGCUCGGGCGAAGUUCACCUCCAACACGACAUCGAUCCUACGACAAAUUUGCUACGAGCUCCCCCGCUGGAUACUCUGGAAAUCAAUCUGAUAGCUCAUAUUUACAUGACCAAAUGUGCAGGAAAGAAGUGCCAGAUCGUCCUCACGUCUUCCGCGGCAACGUUCCUCGAUACACCACCUCUUUACUUGUACUCGACUGCCAAAGCGGGUGUGCUGGGCCUAAUGCGCUCUCUGCGAACAAACUUGCCAAAAUCCAACAUCGCCACCAAUACUGUUGCUCCGUGGUUCACAGGUAAAGACACAGGCGCCCUCUCUCUCCUAGGCGAAAUUAAAAUUGACACUAAUCGGUUGAUGACAGCUACCCCAAUGGUUCCCAAGGCACUCACUGAUGUGUGGGAGAAACUGCCGGCCAACACCCCAGCCGGGAUCGCGAUUGCGCUGCUCUUACCAAUCAUCCAACCUGAAAUCAAUGGCAAAACCUUUUUUGUUGCCGGCAACGAGAUUGUAGAGCUCGAAGACACUCUGGCUAGGAGCCAGCCUCAAUGGAUGGGAGAAGAGCUCAGCAGAAAUGUCGACGAGGGCCAGAGGCGGCUUCUGGGCGCAGAUCCUUUCGAAUGA